CAACCGCGCAUGCGCAGAACUACGCCCUGACGUCACCGCGUAGCGCCCUCCCUCCUACACGCACGCAGGCGCCGACGCGCUGACGUCACUUCCGUGGCGCCCCGUCACGAUGGAGGAGCUUGGGCUGCUCGGGGAGAAGCCUCAGGACGAUGUCCCCACCUUGGCCGCCCCCCGGCCCCUCCCCGGCCUCUCCUUCCUGGUGCCGGAGCCCGAGGACCUGGAGGACCUGUACAGCAGGUACAAGAAGCUGCAGCAGGAGCUGGAGUUCCUGGAGGUGCAGGAGGAGCUCAGCCCUGCCCUGUGCCCAGGUGUAUCCCAGGUGUAUCCCAGGUGUUUCAGGUGUAUCUCAGGUGUGUCUCACCUGGCUCAGGUGUAUCUCAGGUGUGUCUCACCUGUCUCAGGUGUGUCUCAGGUGUGUCUCUCACCUGCAGAAGCUGCAGCAGGAGCUGGAGUUCCUGGAGGUGCAGGAGGAGCUCAGCCCUGCCCUGGGCCCAGGUGUAUCCCAGGUGUAUCCCAGGUGUUUCAGGUGUAUCUCAGAAGCUGCAGCAGGAGCUGGAGUUCCUGGAGGUGCAGGAGGAGCUCAGCCCUGCCCUGUGCCCAGGUGUAUCCCAGGUGUAUCUCAGGUGUUUCAGGUGUAUCUCAGAAGCUGCAGCAGGAGCUGGAGUUCCUGGAGGUGCAGGAGGAGUACAUCAAGGACGAGCAGCGGAACCUGAAGAAGGAGUUCCUGCACGCGCAGGAGGAGGUGAAGCGCAUCCAGAGCAUCCCGCUGGUCAUCGGGCAGUUCCUGGAGGCCGUGGACCAGAACACCGCCAUCGUGGGCUCCACCACAGGUUCCAACUACUACGUGCGCAUCCUGAGCACCAUCGACCGCGAGCUGCUCAAGCCCAGGUGGCGCGCACGACUCAGGUGGAGCGCCCAGGCCCUGGUGGAUGUUUGGUCAUUGAAGACCAAGAGCAGGAUCAUGGUGGUCGCCUCAGACCAGAAGCCCGAUGUGGUUUACGCCGAUAUCGGGGGCAUGGACAUCCAGAAGCAGGAGGUGCGCGAGGCCGUGGAGCUGCCCCUGACCCACUUCGAGCUCUACAAACAGAUCGGCAUUGACCCCCCGCGGGGGGUGCUGAUGUACGGCCCCCCCGGCUGCGGGAAGACCAUGCUGGCCAAGGCCGUGGCCCACCACACCACAGCCGCCUUCAUCCGCGUGGUGGGCUCGGAGUUCGUGCAGAAGUACCUGGGCGAGGGCCCGCGGAUGGUGCGCGACGUCUUCCGCCUGGCCAAGGAGAACGCGCCCGCCAUCAUCUUCAUCGACGAGAUCGACGCCAUCGCCACCAAGCGCUUCGACGCCCAGACCGGCGCCGACCGCGAGGUCCAACGGAUCCUCCUGGAGCUCCUGAACCAGAUGGACGGCUUCGACCAGAACGUCAACGUCAAGGUGAUCAUGGCCACCAACCGCGCGGACACGCUGGACCCGGCGCUGCUGCGGCCCGGCCGCCUGGACCGUAAGAUCGAGUUCCCGCUGCCCGACCGGCGCCAGAAGCGCCUGAUCUUCUCCACCAUCACCGGCAAGAUGAACCUGUCCGAGGAGGUGGACCUGGAGGAUUGUAUCCACACACCUGGGCACACCUGGGCACACCUGGGGGCA